AUCCAGUACGGAUCGGCGUAAAACUUCGCAGCCAUGCCUACUAGUGACCCCGCUUGGCAUGACAGGCGUGUGGGUUGAUAGCGAAGUUUGGGUCACAGGCACCAUCGGGCCUCUCCCCCGAAUCAAAGUGUCCGACAUGCUCGGCUACGACGAGUCCAGAAAGCCUGGUGCUGCUGCUAGGGUGGAGCAGAAAGGGGUUGAUUGCCAUCGCGAAAUCUUGAACGCCUUUGCCCGCGGAAUGGACUUUCGGCCUGGCGAUCGCUUCGUGGUCCUGGACCUACUCCCAAACCGGUAUUGCGAGUUCAGCAGAGCUGUUGUCUCCAGGACGUUGGCAGGCGAGACCCCCAACAUCUUCUACGUUGGCGCCUUCAGCAAGCACCAGAAGGACAUGUACGACCUCAUGAUCGGCGAGGUCUACAAGCACUGGGACAAGUCCUCAGAGGCGCCCCCUGCCGCGCGCCCCCGAACGCAGGCGGAAAUCAACUUGCCGCUGACACUCCUCACGUGGGAGGCAGCGUCGCGUGUUCCUGGCUGGCCCCCCAGUUUAGACAACAAGUUCGAAGAGGGCACCCCGGAGGCUGAGGAGCUUGCCACUGCGAAGAAAGAGUUUUUCGACACGUUCCCUGCUGCGGCUGCCAGCUCUGCAGCCAAUCAAUCUUCUCAAGCAGGGACCCCGCAGCCGCAGCGUGUUUCCGGCACCCCGGACUACGCUCAAUCCAGCCCCUUAGACACUACUCGCGAUGUGGACUUGCCAAAGGUCCGCGAGGCAGCUUUGACGGUUGACAGGCUGGCCACAGUUCCUGGCAAACGCGACAAGCCAGCUAUCAUCCUCUCAAAAGAUGCAAGGGUUUGGUUGGGCAACACGAGCGACUCCAGCCAGACUUGGAGCGCCUGCGAGCUCUUUGGGUUUGGCACCGGCGCGUUCGAGUGGAAGGUGAUCCCAGGCGGGUGUUUCAAUUUCUGA